UUCAAGUAACUUGAUGAGUGAAACUAACCACCAUCAUCGUCGUCAUCAUCAUCAUCACCAUAUUUGGCGAUGCACUGUUCGAGAAUAGGCGUUUGUUGCCGGCUCCGAUCACGAUCGAUUGCUUUGUAACCUCAUCCUCUCCGUUCUCUACUGAUUCCGGCACGAGCAGGUUUCUAUAAUCCAGAGAUCGGAGCAGCGAUCUUGAGGAAAAACAACUAAAUAUUCAAAGAGGAAGAGGACUACGGAACGGUGCUCCCAACUUCCUAACAACUGAAAACUUUCUUUCAUAAGUUCGUCGUUGCCGGAUCUCGAAAUCACGAUCGAUGUCAUUGUAACUGUGUUCGAUAUAUAUAUACGGAAUGAAGGGAGACGAAAAUGUGAGGGAAACUCAUGGUAGGUAAGUUAUGAAGGGAGGAGGCUUAUCGUACACUCUUCCCGCGAAGAGGAGAUGGCGAGGCCUCGUUAUUGCUAUGCUUGGCCUCGUUCUUCUUUCCAUGCUCGUUCCUCUUGUAUUCUUGCUUGGUCUCCAUAAUGGCGUUCACUCUGAUGCAGGAUAUCCGUCUGGCCAAAACAAACCAUCAUCAUAUGGUGUAAGAAUAUCUCUACAACAUGAAGUUGAAAGUACCAGAACUCAGUUGAGGAAACAUAAUGCUGGAAAUAUCAGCAAUCAGAAGAAGGGAGAUCGUUCAACACAUGUUGAUGGCCUUAUCCAAAGAUUUUCCCCAACUCUUCCAAAGGAUUUCAGAAGAGUCUCUGUGAAGGAGGCUACACAUAAGGUUAAGGGUUCCCCUGUUCUGAAAAACUUCUCAGUGCCACGUCAAAAGGAAUAUGAUUCCAUCAAAGUCAAUAUAAAGGAGGCUACACAUAAGGUCAAGGGUAUAAUUUCCUUACCUGGUGUGACAAAUUUUUCACGGACACCUCAAAAGGCAAAUGAUUCUACGAAAGUCUAUGUGAAGGAGGCUACGCAAAAGUUCAAGAGUAUAAUUUCCUCACCUGUGUCGUCAAAUUUCUCAGGGCCACCUCAAAAGGAAAAUGAUUCUACCAAAGUCUAUGUGAAGGAGGAUACACAUAAGGUUAAAGGUUCCCCUGUGUUGACAAAUUUCUCAAGGCCACCUCAAAAGGCAAAUGAUUCUAUCAAAGUUUAUGAGAAGGAGGCUACACAAAAGGUUAAUGGUUCCCUUGUUUUGACAAAUUCCUCUGGGCCACCUCAAAAGAAAAAUGAUUCCACCAAAGUCUAUGUGAAGGAGGCUACACUUAUGGUUAAGGGUUCCCCUAUGUUGAUAAAUUUCUCUGGGCCACCACAAAAGGCAAAUGAUUCCACCAAAGUGUAUGUGAAGGAGGCUACACAUAAUGUUAAGGGUUCCAAUGUGUUGACAAAUUUCUCUAGGACACCACAAAAGACAAAUGAUUCCAUCAAAGUCAAUGUGAAGGAAACUAUAGAUGAGGUUAAGGGUAUAAUUUCCUCACAUGUGUUGACAAAUUUUUCAGGGCCACCUCAAAAGACAAAUGAUUCUACCAAAGUCUAUGUGAAGGAGGCUACACAUAAGGUUAAGGGUUCUUCUGUGUUGACAAAUUUCUCAGGACCACCUCAAAAGAAUAAUGAUUCCAUGAAAGUUAAUGAGAAGGAGGCUACACAUAAGGUUAAGGAUAUAAUUUCCUCAUCUGUGUUGACAAAUUUCUCAGGGCCACCUCAAAAGGCAAAUGAUUCCACGAAAGUUGUGAAGGAGUCUACACUAAAGGUUAAGGGUUCUUCUGUGUUGACAAAUUUCUCAGGACCACCUCAAAAGAAUAAUGAUUCCAUGAAAGUUAAUGUGAAGGAGGCUACACAUAAGGUUAAGGAUAUAAUUUCCUCAUCUGUGUUGACAAAUUUCUCAGGUCCACCUCAAAAGGCAAAUGAUUCCACGAAAGUUGUGAAGGAGGCUACACUCAAGGUUAAGGGUUCCCCUGUGUUGACAAAUUUCUCAGGGCCAUCUCAAAAGGAAAAUGGCACUCGUCUCAAUGGUUCUCCAGUGGUUCGACAUAUGGAAGACGUCAAAGAUGAAAAUGAAAGUUUAUGUGAAAUGAAAUUUGGGAGCUAUUGUUUAUGGCGUCAACAACGUGCAGAGAAAAUGAAGGACAGUUUAGUGAAAAGGAUGAAGGACCAGUUAUUUAUGGCCCGAGCUUACUAUCCUAGUAUCACAAAGUUACCAGCACAUGACAAGUUAUCCCAAGAACUUAAGCAAAAUAUUCAAGAAUUUGAGCGUGUUCUCAGUGAGACUACUACAGAUUCUGACCUUCCCCGGGAAAUGAAAGGCAAACUAGGGAAGAUGGAGGCUGUGAUGGCCAGAGCGAAGUCUGUUGUCCCUAUGAAAUCUAUUAACGUUGAGAAGAAAUUUAGACAACUGGUUGAUCUGACAGAGGAUGAAGCAAGUUUCCACAUGAAACAAAGUGCUUUUUUCUAUCAACUUGCAGUCCAAACAAUGGCAAAGAGUCUGCACUGUCUGUCUAUGCGAUUAACUACCGAAUAUUUCAGAUCUCCUCCACCCAAUUUGGAUGAGUUGCUGGCUAAGAAAUAUACAAAUCCAACACUGCAUCACUAUGUUAUAUUCUCUAAUAAUGUACUGGCCUCAUCUGUGGUGAUUAAUUCAACCGUAAUGCACUCAAAGGUAAGCAAGAACCAAGUGUUUCAUAUAUUGACAGAUAGACAGAAUUAUUUUGCCAUGAAACUUUGGUUCAACAAAUAUAAUAGUUACAUGGAAGCCACGGUUAGAGUCCUCAAUUUUGAAGAUCCUGAUCUGAUUCGCCGUAAACUGUCAACUCCAUUGAGUCUUUCAUUGCCUGAGGAAUUUCGUAUCACUUUCAAUGGCAUUGACAAAUCCAAAACUAGUUCAAGAACAGAAUAUAUAUCCAUGUUUUCUCAUUCACACUACCUCCUUCCUGAAAUAUUCCAUCCUCUGAACAAAGUAGUGGUGCUGGAUGAUGAUAUUGUUGUCCAAAGAGAUCUGUCUGGUUUAUGGAGUCUAAACUUGAAAGGAAAGGUGAAUGGUGCCGUGCAGUUUUGUGCAGUGAGAUUCGGUCAACUGAAAAGUUAUUUGGGUGAUAAUAUUAAGGAUGAAACUUCAUGUUCGUGGAUGUCUGGAUUGAAUAUUGUCGAUCUGGACAGGUGGAGAAAGCAAAAUCUUACAGCAACGUUUCAGAAAUUGUUAAAAGAGCCAAACAAGGAAGGAAAUUUGUACCCCUCCCCGACAUUACGCGCGAGUUUGCUAGCAUUUGAAGGUUUGUUUCAUCCCCUUAAUAAUAGAUUGGUGGUAUCAGGAUUGGGUCAUUACUACAGUUUGGAUACAAAAGUAAUUAAGGAAGCAUCAGUCUUGCAUUAUAACGGAAAUAUGAAACCAUGGAUCGAUAUGGGCAUUCCAAAAUAUAGAACAUUCUGGAGAAAAUUUGUAGACAGUGAAAAUCAGCUGCUAAAUGAUUGCAAUGUGAACUCUUAACAUUGAUUAUAUCCAAUGAUCACUCUCUGCUAAUAUUGUUUUGAAAUUAAAUUAUAACUAUUUUGGAUACACAUUGUCUUGCGAAUUGGUUUCUGGAGGAAAUGAACAAGCACGGGAUUUUGAUCAAAUUCAACAACCCUCUCCCAAGUAUGAAAGACGACCUGUAACCAGAUAAAUUUGCAGAUGAAGGAUUAAGAGGAAAGUAACAACAGUGUAGAAAAUUUCUGAUAGUUUAGAUGUUUUUUUUAUUAGAUUUUCUUUCUUAUGUUUUUUCCUGUUUUCAUUUUUCUUGGUUGUUAGUUCAUAGUAUUGAAGAACAAGUGGGGGAUGAUUGGUUGAGCUUUUGCCACAAAUUUGUUGGAAUCUUCCCUGAUGUAUUCUUUGUUUUUAUUAAAAAGAAAGAAAAUGAAUACAUUGUUUU